UGAGCCUUUCACGUGCAGUGUUGAUCUGUUUCCAAGAUAAACGUGAUUAAAGUUUCGACGGACCGCCGAAACUCAUUGACGCGUAUGUGUCAUGUCAGGAAAAGCGUUUUUGAAAAAACGCGGAGACAAUACAUACGCGUAGGCAUCUUCCUAUAAACGCUCGGAUAUCUUCACAUUCAGAAUCACCGUGUGCUACCUGCUGUAUAGCGAAACUGUCCACGAGAAUAACUGAACAAUGGCUGUCAGAACGCUCAUGAACGAGGAGGAGUUUCACUCGCUGCUGAAAGACGGUGGCGACAAGUACGUCAUAGUUGACUUCUGGGCGACCUGGUGCGGCCCGUGUAAGGUGAUGGGACCACUGUUUGAGGAAAUGGCUUCUCAGUACAGCCAAAAUUUGAUAUUCGCCAAGAUCGACGUAGAUGAACAUCCCGAUCUAGCGGAGAAGGUUCAGAUACAGUGUAUGCCCACCUUUAUGGUGUUUAAAGAUGGCGAAAAGAUUGACGAGACUGCAGGGGCAAAUACGAAUAACUUGGAGAAAAUGAUUAUGACCUACGUUAAACGAGCACAAGGUUUCGUGGACGGGGAUGAUGACGACGACGAUGAUGACGAUGAUGAUGACGACGACGACGAUGAUGAUGAUGACGACGACGACGAUGAUGAUGACAGUGACGAAGACGAAGAAGAAAAAGAGGAAAAGUGACAUAAAAGUAGUAAUAUUACCUUAGUAAUGUGUGUUUAAUUACAUAUCUAUAGAUUUUGCUAAUAUUUACAGUUUACACAUAUCACUUGUUUGAUCUGACAUAGACAUUUGCAAGCCACAUAUGAAAUUAAUAAAUAAUAUGAAAUGGCAUUACUUUUUCCCGAUACAAACUGUUCAGAGUUAGCGUGAUAUUGUAGAUAGGCCUAAACAUGUAGGCCUACCUACGCACUAAUAUAUUAAUAGGAUUUAGUUGCUACAAAAUGCCGAACAUACUGCGUCGCAUAACGCACUCCAUAGUGCGUUAUGCGACGCAAUAUGUAGGCCUACACGCAAUCACGAUAAUUACAUAACAAGGUAAUUAGGAAUUAGGACCUUUUUAUACGAUAUAGGGCGCGCGCAUAUCACGGCAAUGCACAUGAGCACACCGGACUGUAUCACAAUGUGUAAUUGUAAUGUGUAAUUGUAAUGCAGGCAAAUAUUACUGUAAAUUAAGCUAGGCUAGGAAGUUGUUUUCCUAUAAUAUGGCCGCCUUUUGGUCCUAAAGUAGGCCUAGCUACUCAUCUUUCGCAGAACUACAUCAGUGGGAAUAAUUACACUCGCUUGAAAAAUUUCUUUACAUUUGAUAUAAGGUUAGACGGAACUGAUCAUCAGUGCGAUGUCGACUACUGAUCGAUUAUCGAUCACCAAUACCAAUCAAAACCAAACAGACGAUGGUUACGAUGCAUAUUUUGCGUAGCGCAGACUGUGGGUAGAGGCCCUACGCGAAAAAAGUAGAACUAACAAGAGCCACAUCGAUUUCUUGGGUUUUGUAUGUAAACGUAUCAAUGCCAUGCAGCUGUAGAUCUUGAAUACUAUAUCCACGUGUUUCCUAAUGUUACUACUUGCUCGGUAACUCUGGUAAAUAUAGGGACCCCGCACCCUGUGCCAAGGUGUGGUUCUACCUUUGUAAUUUGACGUAGUUUCAUAAGCGUGGAUUUAGUGUAUAU